AUGGCGGAGAUUGUACAAGAUGAGGAGGAUCAACAGAGUCAGGAGAUUGACAAGAGUAAGGAAUGCGGAACAGACCAAGAAAGCAAGGAGCGCGAAGAGCGCGAAGCCAAUCUCGCACUUUCCCUUGCCAUCAUCCGCGAAGAUGCCGAAGGCAGAGAUGAGACACCAGUCCCCAUGUCCAAGCGGCCCAGAGACGAGGAGCAGAGCGAGGCUUAUGUCGAUGACAUGUCUCACAAAGGGCCACUCAAGGAGGCUGGUGAGAAGCUCCCAGCCGACAACAAUUUGCAGACAUCUUUCGACGCUGAUUUACAAUCUAAUCCUACACCACUAACUUCGCAUAAGAAGCAAUGCUGCGGACCACCGAACCCGCCACUCAACGAACCUGCUGUAGAUCCACCACAGCGCAAUCUCACCGAAGCACCCAGCUCGUACUCGAACUCCACAACUGCUCCCUUGGACCACUACAUUCGCUUAGUCUGCAAAUCUCAAUCGCUUCCCAGCCUCUCUGAGCCAUACUUCAGCUCGUCCAAUAAGUCCCCCGUAUUACGACGCGACCGCAAAAACAAGAUAAUAGUCUACAGAGGCUCCUUCAACCCGCCACAUCUCGGUCAUCUAGAAUUGGCGUACUAUACAUUUCUACGCAGCUCCUCUACAAUGAUAGCCAUCCUUUUACUUCCUAUCUCCGAUCUUCUAUACGCUAAAGAUGGCGCCAGAGUGAACGGAAAGGAUUUUGCUACUACGAAAGCACAGGGAAUUUCGCUACUACAGGAUGACUUGCUGCAGCGUUGGAGUUGGUUCUACGAAGGCAAGAAGUGUCACAAAUUCAGUGAAUAUCGGGCUGCUUUGAUAGAUAUGGCGUCCAGAGAUGGCUUCAGACUAAAUUUCACGUACCUGAACGGAAGCGAUCACUACAGUAAGGCUGUUAAGAAGGGGACUCUAACGUAUCUAAGUCAUGAGACGGAGGACAUGAUCAUCAGCGAUAUCACGUGUCCGUCUAGUCUGUUCAUCGGCCCGGAUUCUUCUCCUGCACAGUUGCCUGGCUGUGGACCUUGGCGCUUAGCUUAUACGCCGGUGAGUGAUUCAGGAGAUUUCACUUGUAGAUGCAGGAAAUUCUGUGCUGAGUGUCACACAUCUCGCCGGAUAAGAGAAUACUGCGGCGGCCAUACUGCUUUGGAAGGCGAACCGCACGCUCUAUCAAGGCAGGAAAAGAUACUGUACGAGAUUUUGGUAAGAUGCCACGACGGAGGGGGCGAGAAGUGGGUUUGUAACAGGGAUCGUGGAGGUGUAGUAACGUUUUUUGGUAGUGAAACGGCUUAUCGUCGCGAGGACAGCGAGAGGGAGGAGAUUAGUUCUUCGAUUAUCAGGAAGAUACUGGGGAAAGGUGGCAGUAAGGCGGAGAUGAUAGAGAAGUUGGAGAAGGUCAUGUUGAACCCAGAGUUGCUGUUGCAAUAUCUUGAACCGGACAACUAA